UCAUGUCAGUCCGUGUUUACUUAGUGCGUGAUAUACGUACUGUUUUGUAAAUUGUGUAAUUUGUGCAAAAUGUACGUCGCCGAUAUUUGUGUCAAUAUUGAGGAUUUCAUGGAUGUGGUGUAUUGUGCUUACGUGAAGACCCACAGUCCGAGUAAGCAAUCAAAAAGAUGGCGUAAGCUCCGGAACAUUGUGCAGUGGACGCCGUUCUUCCAAACCUACAAAAAGCAGCGAUACCCCUGGGUGCAGCUAGCGGGACACCAGGGGAACUUCAAGGCGGGGCCUGACCAGGGAACUAUACUGAAGAAGCUAUGUCCGCAAGAGGAGAGAUGUUUUCAAUUGCUGAUGAAAGACAUUCUUCGGCCGUUCGUCCCGGAGUACAAGGGCCAAGUCACGUGCGACGAUGGAGAACUAUAUCUCCAACUCCAAGAUCUGCUGAGCCACUUCGACUGCCCCUGCGUCAUGGACUGCAAGAUCGGAGUCAGGACAUAUUUGGAGGAAGAACUGGCUAAGGCCAAGGAGAAGACGAAGCUAAGAAAAGACAUGUAUGAGAAAAUGAUCCAAAUAGAUCCUAAAGCGCCUUCUGAAGAGGAGCACAGGAGUAAAGGCGUCACGAAGCCCCGCUACAUGAUCUGGAGGGAAACCAUCAGUUCCACUUCGACCCUCGGCUUUAGGAUCGACGGCGUCAAGAAAGCUGACGGAACCAGCUCCAAAGACUUCAAGACCACCAAGUCCAGAGAUCAGAUCAUGGAGGCGUUUAAGGAGUUUACUAACAAUUUUCCUAAUGCACCGGCCAGAUACUUGGAAAGGUUAAAGAGCAUCCGCGCGACUCUGAUCGAGUCCCACUUCUUCAGAACACACGAGCUGAUAGGCAGCUCCCUACUCUUUGUUCACGACAAGCGGCGCGCAUCCAUCUGGAUGAUCGACUUCGCCAAAACAGUCCCUGUGCCCGACAACGUCAACAUAGACCAUAACUCCUCUUGGAAAGUUGGAAACCAUGAAGAUGGUUACCUCAUCGGAAUUGAAUUGAUCAACGCGAGAGCGGGACGCCCGGGCUGCAUCUACUUCGUUCAGCUCGCGGGGACUGCCCGGGACCACGCGGGCAUCUACGGGAUGUCCGAGCUACUCCAUCUGAGAGGAAUCAAGGUGGAGGCAUGGCGCGGGAAGAAGGGGCCCGCGCAGUGCCACCGCUGCCAAGGAUUUGGCCACUCAUCUCACGGCUGCCACCGACAACUGGCCUGCGUCCGCUGCGCUGAACCGCACUGGGCCGGCCAGUGCACGAGACCACUGGAAGUAGAAGCCACAUGCAGGAACUGUAGGGGACCGCACCCAGGAAACCACAGGAACUGCCCUGCUUUCAAGAGGGCCUACCGCCUAUGGAAGGCCGGGAAAUCAUACUUCUCGGCCCCGUCGCGCCCGGGCCCCAUCACCAACGCCACGGUCGCCAAGCCCACGGUGGAAGAGUCGGCGCCUUCAAUACUGAUGGCGCCGGCAAACCCCCCCACCCAAAGGGGAGUGGUACGACCGCAGCCGGUGAAGGAGCCCAGUACCGCUGCGAAAAAGAAGCCCACGACUAAGAUUACCACCACAAAAACAGCGUCUACUCAAACGACGUCUGCCGCGACACCGUCAACAGCUCCGGCACCAGCCCUCGCAACUGCCGCAUGCACCACGCCGCCGUCAGCUCCAGCACCCACCUACUGUACGCCCCCGGAUGUCAACGACCCCUUCGACGCCCUCGUCCUAGAGGUCUUAAGCAUGCCGGUCGGACCCAGAAGCCCCAAACGCGUCACGCCGCCGCCAGCGCCAGCACCCAUCCACCGCACGCCCCCGGCUGCCGACCUCUUCGACGACCUCGUUGCGGUCUUAAGCAGCCCGGACGGACCUGGAAGCCCCAAACAUAAAUAA